UUUCUUCCAGAUCCUACGUAGUAAAAAAUAAUGAGUAGAAUAUACACCUGUUAGUAAAAAAGUAUCAGCGUCCAAAAUAUGUCAAAUUUAUUUUGGAUUUCUACCUGGGUAUGGUUGGGUUUUGUACUAUCUAUUUCUGCUUUUAACCCGAAGCACUUGAACUCAAUCGAUCAACUUCGCACCGUAUCAGAAGGUACAGAUUGCAAAUGUCGAUGCCUCAUGAGAGUUGAGGACGGAGGACCGUGUCCGACGAUGCCAAAUAAAAGAAAGACGUUGUAUUAUGUCGAUACUGUGUCCGGUGGGACCGAUUGUAGAUGCUCCUGUAUUGCCCCGGCUCCACCAAAAGACUGCGAGCCGGAGCCGACUUCUUCGCCGGGAAAUAUCGAACGGGAUAACGAUCCUGUGAUUACAAUACCUCUCUCUCAUGACGUCAUGGGAAACCGAAUCUCUGUAACGAUAUCAGGUUCGGCAGAUGCCUCGGACAGUUUACAUAGUGCGUCCAAGGUCGGCAACUUGGAAGAAGUCUUAAACCGCGCUGUCACGGGAAUGAACGUCAUUAAAAUGCAUUCAAGCGUAACGAAAAUGGUGCUUGCUAUGCUUGACUUAGAACAGGUUUUAUCAACAAAUUUUACUGAAGAGACCAAGAUUCUUCGUAGAAACAUUGUCAAGGUUGCGAAACAAUUAGAACAAUCGAAUAACUAUAGUGACGUCAAGGAGAUAUUGAAUCAAGAAAUUGAAAGAUUUGAUCGAAGAUUGAAAGAAACUGUAAUGGACCCCGACCCAGCUUCUAAAGGUUAUGCAGUCGAAAUAAGUGAGGCAUCCACUAAUAAUCCGACCACGACAACACCAUUGAAUGACGUAGGUCGGUCGACUGCACACGUCAUUGAAAUCGAUAACGUUCAAGUUCCUCAUCUCAUUAGCGUUGAAGAAAGAUUUUCCUCCGUGUUGGACGAUUCGUCAGUUGCCGUUGCGAACUAUAAAGAGGUUUCGAAUACCACCUUUAAAGAUGAGAUAAAGAUGUUAAACAGAACUGGCCUUGAUGCUGUUAACUUUACGAAGCUAAACACUACGAGCAAUGUUCGCUACAUUUUUCAUAAAACUAGCUUGAACGGAACGUUAAGUGGGCUCGUGCGUCGUGUGUUUUAUGCAAGUUGGAACUCUACCUUAUCAGUAAAUGAUGGUUCGAAUGUAGUCAGAGCAAGCGAAUCAGUUCUUGCGGUAAAUAAUACGGAAUCCUUUACAAGUGAACCAUCCACGAAAAUCGAGUUAACGCCGACCACAAGUGUGUUGUCGGAGUCUACUGAGCCUUCAACAAACAAAGAACAAACUACGCGCCCCGUGCAACCUCUCCUUUCGUUCACCACAACAAGUUCAACAAACUUUGAGACUUCUGCUUAUGUCAGCACCUCAGUAACCCCAACAACCCCUGAUACAACACAGCAGUCUUCAACCGAAGCUGAGACUUCGCAAGAUAACACGAGUAAAGUGACUGAUAUAACACAAACGUCUACUGCGACUGCAUACACGCAACAGACACCUGCACAAGUGGCAAAGGCUGCUUCCGUGGUUGGAUCGAUUAAUUUUGAGCCCUAUCGGCGCCAAGAACAGCCAGUCGUAGUUGAAGCGAGCAACGCCACGACCGAAGAAUAUUAUGACGAUUCAUAUUAUGAGUAUGAAGAUAAACAUAAUUCAGAUACACAUACGCCCUUGGUUGGAGGUCGGCCAAAUAACUCACAACAAGACGAGUUUGACGUAGCUUCUAGUACGUCAUCAACGGUUGCAACUACGUCAUCAACCAUCCUUCCAACAGAUGAUUACGAUGGAGUAAAGGAAAAUUAUUUGAUUGACUCGAAUGACGACGAAUAUGACGAUGAAGAUUACUAUACUUAUGAUGUGACGACUUUAUCACCAAGAAUAAUUACCACAACAACGACAACAACUACGACGACUACCCAACCAACAACCGUUUCCGCCACUAUUGGACCAUGCGGUACGCUGUACAAUUUAUCUCACCCGAGAACAGUUCACAACUUCGGAAGGAAAGAAGGAGCAUGGAUGAAAGAUGUUGCUCUUCCGUCGACAAAAAAGAGCAAAAUAUACGUAACAAACUUCUAUUACGGAAACAACCUUAUUGAAUUUGAUACACUAUAUAAGUUUAAACAUUUCCGAUGGAGCAAUUCUUACAUUCUGCCAUACAAUUGGAUUGGCACUGGGCAUAUUGUGUACAAUGGGUCGUUUUAUUACAACCGAGCGUUUUCCAAAAACCUGAUCAAGUACAACCUCAAAUACAGAUUCGUGAGUGCUUGGGGUCAUUUACGAGAUGCAAGAUACGACUCAACUACACCGUUCACUUGGCGUGGUCAUUCUAAAGUUCAACUUGCUGCCGAUAGUUCAGGGUUAUGGGUCAUAUACCCCGCAAACACAGAUUUUAAUGACCGACCAAACACACAGACUUUCAUAAUCAGCAAAAUCAAUCCGAUAGACUUACAAACUCUUAGAACCAGAAGAAUCAUCAUACACAGGAGGUCUGUUUCUCAUGUGUUCAUGGUGUGUGGGGUAUUAUAUGCCACCGAUAAAUACGACGCACGACGAGCGAGGAUUACUCAUGCGUAUGACACGCAUACCGGUGUUCGCCGUGCCCUCUAUCUGCCCUACAUUAACAAGUUUUCGUAUAAUGUUCAGUUGCUUUACCAUCCAAAAGAACGCAGAAUAUAUUCUUGGGAUAACGGGCACCAAGUGAUCUACGAUGUAAACAUGUCGCAUUAAUCUGUAUGAGAAAAUGAGGUACUUUGCUUGGUGCAUGAUGUUACGAACGUUUCAGUUCAAUGAGAAUCCGCCUGCGCCGAGUAGUCGGCGGUAUUUACGCAUAAUACGUGAUAUUUUCUACUGAUUUAAUUCCCACUGAUAUAAGACACGCACAUACAGAUAAACAUUUCUUAAAGUGCAUUAUUACCUUAAGUCAACUUGAGUUUUCGCUUGCGUACUGCUGCCUUUCCUAACAACUUCUAUCAAAGAUGUUUUGAUGCUUUCUUUAUUUUUAUUUUGUUAAUUCACGAUUUUUUUGCAAAAUUGUAUUUUUGUAUUUACGUAUUUUUUAGUUACUAUUGGUGUAAAUUAAUGAAAUAUGUUGUUGACAGUGCCCCGAUAAAUGCUCAACGUUUUUGUGUGAGGUUUUUAACGUGUUCAUUAAACGGACAAACGGAUAUAUAGA